AUAUAUUUCACUGACAGAUCAUGUCAAUCCCAAAAUUAACCAUACCCGAGACAGCGUUCGACCCCAGCAUAUAUACGUCGAGCCAUAGAAGGUCACGUCUUCUUGUAUACUUGCUCCAACUCACCAACUCAUCUGCUAUUUUACUUGUGUUGAUUUAUGUGGUCAGCUACAUUGGAAUUAAGCCUCUCCUUGAGUUGACAUGUUCUCGACGACUCGAGAUGCUCGAUAAAUACCGCCACAAGCUUCGAGACUUGUACUUGCUUCUCGUCAGCAAGGUGGACCAUAUUCCCAUUGUGGGCUUUAAUAGGCAUGGGAAGGUGUUUAGUGAUGCGAUGAUCCAAACCGACGCUUCGUACGCCAGAAGGCUCAAACAAUUAUCACCGGCUGACCAAUUGGAAGAGCUCGAAAAGACCGAUAAGUUAAACCAUCUGAAGCUUUUGAGCAAAUUGCGCAAGCUCAAUGAUGUUUUAUCAGGGUGCACUUCAUAUACCAUUCUGGAGAUGCCCCACUACAAGUCCACCAGGGAAACUGUCAAGCUGUUCCAGCACGAAAUAGACACCAAGAUCUUUGACUACGACGAAUUGUACACGGUGGAAACGAACAGCGAACAUAGAAAAAAGCGCAACUUGGUGGUGGAUACCAAGAAUGAUAUCAGAAGCAUCAAGGGCCUUUUUAUGAGUGGGCAGGCAUAAGUUUCGUAUAUAUGGCCGUCCUAAAAAUGUAUAAUUUCCCUACUGGACUCUAAUAAUUUCUAAUAAUCUCACCGCAAAAACUACCACUGGACCCGGCUAGUUCUUUAAAUCUCUCCGCACAAACUUGUUCUCAGCAAAUAGUUAACAUCACUAGCUUACUCGCCUAGGGUCAAAUGUGU